AUGUUUGCAAUUGGCAUCCGUCGACAAUCCUGUCUCCGCAGCGUACGAAGCUACUCACAGAAUGGGACAUACGCAAGCUUGAUCUCCAGCUCCGUUGAGAACGUGACGCAACUACUCCAAAAGGGCGAUCGCUCAUCAUACAUCCUCGCGCAAUACAUCCCCGAGCCAGCACGCAACACAUUUGUCGCUAUCCGGGCAUUCAACUUGGAGAUCAACAAGAUCCACGACGGAGGCCUGAACACGCAGUCGAGAGCCCUGCGGGCGUCGCUGCAGAUGUCGCAAACGCUCGGUGUUUCCACUGCUGAUCUCAAGUUCAAGUUCUGGAGCGACUUGAUCCUCCGCGUAUUCACCGAGGACCCCGACACCACUCUGGAUCUCGGUGAACCCAUCGCUAUUCUCUUGCGCGAUGCGUUGCGCAACAAUUUGCAUUUGGACAUUGCUUACUUUCAGCAGUUUUUGCAAACGCGACGCCAUUUCGUCAAGAACAAUGCUAGCUUCCGCACCACUAAUGAUAUAUGCAGCUACGGCGAAGGGACCUAUUCCCAGCUCAACUACUUGACCCAGGGAGUCUUGCUCUCGCCUUCAAUCUCGCCUUCUUCCAUCAAAUUGUUGGAACUUUCAAACGAGCUACAAGGGCUAGUCACUGAUAUCUCAGCGCAUUUGGGGCAGAGCACAGCGGUCGCUUCCAUGAUCAACGGGUUGCGGUUUUACGCCUCAUCACGAAACCAAGUCACCCUCCCCGAGGACCUCAUGACCAAGAACGGUUUAUCCCAGGAGCAGCUCCUCCGGUUAUUCCAGGGCCACGCUGACCCAGCGCAAGUAGACGAGGCGCGCGAGAAACUCAAACAGGUGGUGUACGAGACUUCGAUCGUGGCAAACGACCACUUGCUCACCGCGAGGAAGAAACUCGCUGAUUUCCAAAACGAGGCCGGUGAGGUGGUCCGUGCCCAUGCUAACGAUGCAACGUUGCUGAAGUUUGCGAGAAAGUGGCGCGCGGGCGUACCGGAUACGAUAUUCACGCCCAUGAUGGUCGGCAUCCCCACCAGCUUGUAUUUGCGCAAGUUGGAAAAAUACGAUUUCGACGUGUUGAACCCCAAGUUGCAGCAGCAGGAAUGGAGAUUGGCAUGGACUUCCUUCAGAGAUUACUACAAGAGAACAAUCUAG